AUGAGUUCCAUGCAUACCAUUAAGGAUACCCGCAUCAGGGUAAAAGUAUCAUCAGAUUUAGUGGAUAUACUUAAAAAAUAUCAAAUCCAUUUUAGUGAGACGCCUGUAAAUAUUGUAAAGUCUUUAAAAGCAGCAGGGAUUAAAUUGGGCGAAGAAAUUACUGCAAAAAAAGACAACCAAAAUAUUAAGACUCCGGGAAUCAAUUUUAAGCUACUCAAUGACAUUCUGGCUAACAGUGAAAUCAAGCCCCAAAACGAUAAUAAGGAAUUAACCAAAGAAGACCAAUUACAGGAUUCGUCUAAGAAAAAAUCACUUGAUAUAUAUUUGUAUCUGAAUGAUCUUCGAUGGCUUAGCAACGCGUUGUCUAUACUUCGUUCCAAAGGCAUUCUUGAGGUGUAUCUUAAUGACUUACUGCAAACCAGUUUCUUAGAUUUGCCUAAGAAUACAAUAAUCGAAAGAAAUCCGGAACUUGAAGCUCGGUGCCAACGAUUACGAGAGGAGCAACAAAAUCUUGAAUAUCGUAAAAUGACAAAAAAUGUUGACGCCACCCUUAAAUAUUAUCCCGAGGAUACGGUUGCCUAUCAAAUGAAAGCUAUCAAUAGCCAGAUCAUUGCAGUUCUUCAGUUUAUAUUUUCUGUGGCUGCGGGUUUUGCAUUUGGUUUCAUUGGCAUUCAAUUGAUAAUUGGAAAUUUGGAUUUUGGUUUACGUCUACUUUUGGGAAUAAUGUUCGCUCUUAUUAUAGCACUGGCGGAAAUAUACUUUUUAGCCAAAAAACUCAAUGAGUAUGACAACACGGUAGACACAGCCAACAAAGCUAUCGAGAAAAUUAAAGCUUCAAAACCACCUGCAAUACCAACAGAAAAAGCGAACAAAAAAAUGCAUGUAGAAUAAGUUUUAGAUACUAGUCAAUAAAAUAAAUGUAUGUAUGUAGGUAUAUCUUACAUUGCCGGAGGACAAUACAAUAUAAAUAGGGUAAUACAUUA